AAAAUUAUCCAAACCAAUUCAGCUCCGUCAAAUCCGGUUGCAAGCGAACAAGCCUUUCGUCCCAAUUCCUCCAGCAAACCCCGCCAACCGUUCCCCUUCAUAUUUGAGCCUCACCUCCACGUUCGUUAGUGCUCAUCCAUCGACUAGGGUUUCUUACUCAACAGCUGUUUUUCGCUCCUUCAAUCUCCUCCAGCAUCCAUGGAAGACUUCGCCACUGCCUCCGCCGCUGCCAACUCCAACGCCGCCAUUCUUCAAAGGCUGCUUCUGGCCCAGCAGCAGCAGCAGCAGCAGCAGCAGCAAGCACUGCAAACCGCGGCCAGCCCGAAUACCACAGUCGCUGCUAACGCGCUACUUCUCGAGCAAAUCCGCCGCUCGCAAUUAGUCGCCGCUGCCGCAGGCGUUCUUGGAUCAGGAAACGUGCAAGCAGGUUCGGGUUCAUGUUCAGGGUCGGGUUCGGCUCUCUGGGAGCAGCAGCAGCGCCAGAUGCUUCUUCUUCUCCUGCAGCAGCAGAGGCAGCAGAACAUCCAGCAGUACAUGCAAGCUAUCGCGCUUGCUAACCUCAACAGCAAGGUGGCCGCCCACGCAACCCUCGAUGCUGCCGCGCUCCGCGUGCACCAGCAGCAGCAGCAAUUGCAAGCGCUCAACGCUCUUCUCGCUAACGCCAACUCCGCGACCGCCGCCUCCGCCAGUUCCGACUUCCGCCUACCGGCGCACAACCUCGCGCCCGUCUCCGCGCACAAACGCGGGAAUUCCAUCGACGGCGGAAGCUCACCGUUGCGGAACUCGCCCCGCGCCGUGCACGAGUUCAGCGCGUCGUGGCCCGCGUCGGAGUGCGACUCUCCGUCUUCCCCCAUGGCUUCCGCCUUCGCCGAUUCCGCCGACUCGUUCGAGCCACUGCCUUCAGAAGAAGAGUUCGAGAUGCACCUGAUGACCGUGCAGACCUCUUAUUUCUCCCAGGAGUAGAACUCACGGUUCGCCGCCGCUUGUGCCUCCGUGCGCGGAGGCCUCCCCUCGAGCGUUUCUGCUCCCCUCGUGGUGUUGUAUUGUACGUCUCUCUGCUGUGGGAAUUUCGUCGGACGCGCGUCGAGGCUGCUUGCUCAGCCGACCCGGGAUUGCAAUAAGGACGCGGUGUUUCGCCGCCUCCAGAUGAUUAGUCACGUUAAUAACUGGCGCGCCCUCUUGAGCGACAAAGUGCCCCGUGUGGCGCCGAUCGGCUCUUCGUUUCUCUCCGUAAUCCUCCACGGGCCACUGCCGCUGCUGCUGCCGCCGCUGCUGUGCGGCCUGAUGUCAGUCCGCAUCGCGCCAAGAACUCGCGAGCUUAUACGUACUCCUCUGACCAAUAAAUGCCCAGAAGGGCUACCCGCAGGUCACCAGCGGUUGUACGAUUCUUGUACGAUCUUUGUACGACUUCAGUACAAUUGUCGGGCCUGUACUGUCUUCAGGCACAACCUCCAUGAAGUGCGAACGACUCGUUAGCACUUGUCGUUCUCCUCUUACUCUGGCCGGGGCGCGGAUAUGUGCUGUAGCCGCCAUUGGACCUGCCUCUAUUGUACGGUACUCUCAUCUGUUGUUUUGUGGAUUAGGUGGUCUUUCCUUCCCCUGUGUGUACCUUCUAUGGUGAUAAUAUGCUCAAUUCAGU